UUAGAUGAAUGGAGAGAGAAACUGCAAAAGGUGUGUUUACCUUCACAGUGGUGGCGGACACGGGGCCAUGGUAACCGGUCUGUGAUAGUGACGCUUUCUGCUGACCUGACAGAGAACCCACCACGAGAAGCUUCUUCAAAGUCUGCAGCCAAGGCCCAACUCUGCCAGACAGCAUGGAGUGCAGCGGCAAGGUGACUCCGAACCUGAUGGUAGCUGUGGGAACGGCUGUGAUUGGCUCUCUGCAGUUUGGCUACAACACAGGCGUCAUCAAUGCUCCUCAGACUAUCAUAGAGAGCUUCUACAAUGAAACGUGGAGCAGCAGGUUUUCUGAGCCCAUCUCUCAGAGUGCUCUAACAGCUCUGUGGUCGGUCUCCGUGGCCAUCUUCUCUGUGGGAGGAAUGCUCGGCUCUUUCUCUGUUGGCCUUUUUGUUAACCGCUUCGGCAGGAGGAACUCCAUGCUCAUGGCCAGUGCAUUACCCUUCAUUGCUGCUGCAUUUAUGGGCUUUUCCAAACUGGCUGCUUCCUUUGAGAUGCUCAUUGUUGGACGUUUCAUUGUGGGUCUCCACUCUGGCCUCUCCACUGGCUUUGUGCCCAUGUAUGUAGAGGAAAUCUCCCCGACCUCGCUCCGAGGAGCCAUGGGGACUCUGCAUCAGCUUGGGGUUGUGAUCGGCAUUCUCGUGGCGCAGAUUUUUGGGCUUGAAUCCAUCAUGGGGAAUGCCUCUCUGUGGCCUCUUCUUCUGGGUUUCACCUUGGUGCCAGCCAUCCUGCAGUGUGUCCUGCUGCCCUUCUGCCCUGAGAGCCCCAGAUAUCUUCUAAUCAACCGCAACGAGGAGAGCAAAGCCUGCAGCGUGUUAAUGAAGCUGCGAGGCACUGACGAGGUGAGUGAGGAUAUCCAGGAGAUGAGGGAGGAAAGCCAGAAGAUGAUGAGGGAGAAGAAGGUGACCAUCGCGGAACUGUUCCGCUCUCCCGUCUAUCGCCAGCCCAUGAUUGUUGCCAUCAUGCUGCAGCUCUCUCAGCAGCUGUCAGGAAUCAACGCUGUGUUCUACUACUCCACAGGAAUCUUUGAGCGAGCCGGAGUGGCCCAGCCUGUGUAUGCAACCAUUGGCGCUGGAGUGGUCAACACAGCGUUCACAGUGGUUUCUCUGUUUGUGGUGGAGCGCACGGGCAGGAGACCCCUGCACCUCAUUGGUCUGAUGGGGAUGGCAGUUUCAGCAGUUUUCCUAACUGUUGCCAUGGCACUGCAGGACCAGCUCAGAUGGAUGUCCUAUGUCAGCAUUGUGGCCAUCUUCAGCUUCGUGGCCUUCUUUGAAAUCGGGCCCGGGCCCAUCCCCUGGUUCAUUGUUGCUGAGCUCUUCAGCCAGGGCCCCCGACCCGCCGCCAUCGCUGUUGCAGGACUUUCAAACUGGUCUGCCAACUUUUUAGUCGGGUUGUGUUUCCAGUAUGUUGAGCAACUGUGUGGUCCUUACGUCUUCAUCAUCUUUACCGUCCUGCUGCUUGGCUUCUUCGUCUUCACCUACUUCAAGGUGCCAGAAACGAAGGGCCGCACCUUUGAUGAGAUCGCAGCAGGCUUCCGUCACUCCGCUGGUCAGGGCACCGACAAGUACUCUGCUCCUGAGGAGUUCAACACCCUCAGGGGAGACGACCCCGACCUCUGAAGGCUGCUGGGCCUAAAGGCUCAUGUGAUGAAGAGAGGAGUCAUGAUAGUUAGGUAGCUCAUGUGUGUUUCUAGUUUUAAAGCAGGAAACGUUUAACAUUUCCUCACUAAGUCUUUGUUUUCAUGCUGCAAACUGGAAAACAUUUUACAAAACAGACAUUUAGAAAGACUCACCUUCUGGUUUAGAGUCACUGGUGUUUGGUAAAAUCUCAUCCUGUGAUCAAUAACUGAAGAUGUUCUAAAAGUGAUGCAAACCAACACUUGAAACUCCUCUCAGCAACUCUACUGUUCCUCAAACAGCCUCUGAACUAGAUUUUUCAAUAACCCAGAUGCCUACAGACACAUGAUGUAAGGUGCCAUUGAACGUUCCUAACUCUGGUCUGUGAGGCAUGUGACUGCUGCUGCACACUUCCCUGACAUUUACAAAAACGGCUAAACGGCUGGAUUUUCUUUGAAAGUUCACUGCACACCUCAUUUAUGUAAAAAAAGGGAUUUGGUGGAAACCACCUGAGGGAGUACCCUGCCUUCAUCCAACUGUGCUGGGAUAGGCUCCAGCAACAGGGAUUUGGUGGGUUUGGAAAGUGGAUGGAUGAAUGGAGUUCAUUUCCAACUGUAGCUCUGUUUUGUGAUGAGGGAUUCUAACAGUCAGAGGUCUGUUUUGAAGUUGUGCUCUUGGGUUUGAAAAGCAAAAUCUCCCUUUUCUCCUGGAUUUCAGUGUUAACCCUUACACUGAAACUGGACACAAAUGAAGAAUCCUCAGCUGAUGAAUGAUUGACAUUGUUGCAACAAACAUGUAGCAGAACACAGAGUAAAGUCCCACUCUGAUCAUCUUUUGAUUUAUUUUCAAAGUGUUCCCAGUGCUCCUUUAAUCAUGAUGAUGCUGUUUAUAGCCAAAAUCUACGACAUAGUUUCUGCAGAGCAGCAGGACGGUUGGUGUGGAGCAAGCCUGCCCCUCUUCCUGUUUGCCAUACCGAAACUCUCUGUUUACACGCUGUCCCCCUAGCUUACAGCCCCUCACAACCCCAACCUAACAUUAGCAGUGCAACAAAAAUGACGUUCAAUAUCAUAGCUUUCCAAUAGCUCUGCUCUGAUCAAUAUCCGUAGCUUAGACGAGGAAAAUGAAGACGAACAUGGAUCUGUUUGUCUGUUAGUGGAUGAUCAGAAUGGAGAAGGGAGACUUUGGCCUGCCCAUUGUAUAUUCUACAUCACACAUAGAAAAUUUUUCAAACGGCAUUAUUGAUAACGAUUACAACAGAGAAAUACUCAGAAAUGCCAUUUGAACCUUUAAUUAUAUUACAAAUGUCCUCCAUCGUCAGAGAAAUUCCACGAGAACAUGUUAAAAAACACAAAAACACUGUUUUCACUGAAUUACUACAUGAGAAGAAGUUUUACAACUCUUUUUUUUUAAGUAGGAGAACACACAUUUCUUCUAGGCUUCAGCAUUCAAACAAACUGAUUGUUUUUGGCUUCUGUCUCAGCCUGUUGGGCUGUGCUACAGUGGUCAGUUCUGGUUUGAAACCAGCAGGUUGUGUGUUAAAGGCCUCAAACCUUUGUUGUCUGGUUGUGACAUAAAAUAUAUUUAUGUUUAUGUUUCAUCAAUAGGAAUGAUUACAGGGAUGUAAUAAAGCCAGUGACUUCAGUCUAUGCAACGGUUGCACACAUGGAACAAAACUGCAUUUCCCCAGACUCUUGGAAAACAAAACUGGCGGUGUGCUGUGUGUGUGUUUUUAAAUAGAGCAGACCUUUUUCCUCUUCUUCUAUUUUUAUUAUUUUACAAAGUGUUUUCUCCUUGUACCGUUUUAAUUAUUGUAAGGCCGUGUCACACAGGCACUACGUACAUGUGGCGCAUGUUACAUGGAUGAAAAUUGGUCAUACGUGAAUAUACGUGGGAAAAGUGAGAAAAGUUAUGGUUCGUAACCCUUGUGCUA